UAGAGAUAGGUCAGGCCGUGACCGUUUCUUAUCUACAGAAAGGUUCAAUGAAAAAUCCAUCAUGGCGGUAGCUAUUGUCUUUAGCCUUGUUCUAGUACUGGUAUCGCAAAUCGACGCGGCGUGUAACCUGGAUGGCGUAUCCUACUCCAUAGGAGAUACGUGGGUAGCAGACGACGGGUGUAACCUGUGCACGUGCUACGCGCACGGACUGCACUGUACAACGGGGGACUGCACCUUCCCUCACAGGUGUAAUUACCAUGGCAGGAUAUACUUAGAAGGAGACCGGUUUAUAUCGCAUGACGGGUGUAAUCACUGCAUGUGUACACUUCAUGGAACAGCCUGUACAGAAAUCGCGUGCUCUGACAUUACAACAACACCCCCUCCGAGUGCAGUUGGCAAACGUCAAAUGACAACCAGUCACGUGGAACAACAUGGAGGCUGUCAUUACAAUGGCGUACAAUACUGGGCUGGAGACAGUUUCAGGUCUACGGACGGAUGUAAUACCUGUUAUUGUUCGGCUCAUGGUGGCGCGAUGUGCACGGAAAUGUUCUGUCAGAAUAUGUUGCUUUGUCACUACAACGGAACUGACCACAAGCCCGGAAGUAGUUAUCCUUCUACGGACGGAUGCAACACAUGCACGUGUUCUGAAUCCGGAUUUACGUCAUGCACGGAGAAGGCAUGCAUGAGAGGGUGCACGUACAACGGCCAUACACACAUGAUGGGGGAAAAGUUCAACAGUGUGGACGGUUGUAACACUUGUCACUGUCAGGAGGACGGGACCUACACGUGUACAACAGAAGCGUGCAUGCCAAAGGUGUGCGACUACAACGGCAAGAUGUUCCAGGUAGGCGAGGGAUUCCCCGCGGACGACGGAUGUAACAGGUGUUUUUGUGCGGCAGGGGGCGUGGUCGCCUGUACCAAGAUGUACUGUCCGCCCGUAACGGCACCUCCACAAUAGCCGAAUAAAAUCCUCUACAAUUUGUAGUAACUUUUUA